AUGCAACCCACAAACCAUAGCCAUCAGAACCCUACUUCCUUCCUGCUCGUAGGAAUUCCUGGCCUGGAGUCAUCCCACUUUUGGAUUGCAUUUCCCUUCUGUUCCAUGUAUGCCCUGGCAGUGCUUGGCAACAUGGCAGUGCUGCUGGUAGUACGAUCAGAGCCUGCACUGCAUCAGCCCAUGUACCUGCUCCUAUGCAUGCUAUCUGCCAUUGACCUAGUGCUCUGUACCACCACUGUACCCAAGCUUCUUGGGCUCUUCUGGGCAAAUGCCUCUGAGAUUGCCUUUGGUGCCUGUGCUGCCCAGAUGUUCUUUAUCCAUGGCUUCUCAGCUGUAGAAUCGGGUAUCCUCUUAGCAAUGGCUUUUGAUCGCUACUUAGCCAUCUGCCGGCCCCUGCACUAUGGGACAUUGCUACCCCCAGAGUCUGUGGGCAAGCUGGGGGCUGCAGCUGUGCUUCGUGGCCUGGGUCUCAUGACCCCACUCACCUGUUUGCUGGCAAGGCUGAGAUACUGCAGUCGGGUGGUAGCACACUCCUACUGUGAGCACAUGGCUGUGGUGAAGCUGGCUUGUGGAAACACGAAACCAAACAACAUAUAUGGCAUCACUGCUGCCACACUAGUGGUGGGCACUGACUCCAUCUGCAUUGCUGUCUCCUAUGCACUCAUCCUCCGGGCCGUGUUUGGCCUUACCUCCAAGGAGGCAAGAGCUAAGACCUUUGGCACUUGUGGCUCCCACCUGGGAGUCAUCCUUCUCUUCUACACCCCGGGGCUCUUCUCAUUCUAUACUCAGCGCUUUGGCCAGCAUGUGCCCCAACACAUCCACAUUCUCCUGGCUGACCUCUACCUCAUUGUACCACCUAUGCUCAACCCCAUCAUCUAUGGCAUUAAGACCAAGCAGAUACGGGAUGGGGCUCUCCGGCUGCUGAAACAGAGCCCUGCUGACUCAUAA